AUGUCCUUUCACAAGAUCCAAUUUCCUUCUUCUUCAUUCUCCACUAUUUUCACACAAUCUCUCCAUCAAACCAUUCCCACACAAGACCACGACCAUGAUUACACUUUCGACCUUUCAUCAUCAUCCUCUUCUUCUUCAUCUUCCUCCUCUAUAUUGAAUCUCGUUGACUUUUACUCUGAUAAAACUCUUCUAUGUACGGGCUGUACUGGUUUCUUAGGAAAAGCCAUGAUUGAGAAAUUCCUCCGAAGUGUUCCGACCAUCAAGAAAAUUUAUGUCUUGAUUCGAGAAAAGAAAGACAAGAAGAAGAAGAGCACCACAAGUCCUCACGAUCGAUUAAUUUCAGAAAUUAUAAAAUCACCCAUUAUGGAUCGAAUGAUUGAGGAACAAUUUCAUGGAAAGAGAGAAUUAUUUGAAGCAUAUGCCCUGUCAAAAGUCGAAGCCAUUGGUGGAGAUGUCACUUUGGAUGGGUUGUUUAGCGAAAAUUCUGAAAAAAUUGAGAAGGUGAAAAACCAAGUGCAAAUAAUGAUUCAUAGUGCAGCGACGAUUGGAUUCACUGAACGAUUGGAUCAUGCCAUCAAGUUGAAUACUUAUGGUGCCUUAAGAUGUCUUAAUUUUGCGAAACAAUGUACAAAAAUGGAAUGUUUUGCAUACAUUUCCACAGCUUAUACAAACAAUAAUUUAAAAUCUGGAUCGAGAGUAGAUGAGAAAUUCUAUCCUUUCAAACUUCCUGGAAAUGAAGAUGUGGAAAGUUUUUGUGAACGAGUGUGUCAAAUGGAACCUCAAGAAAUUGAAACUUUACAAAAACAAGUCAUGAAGUUUUGCAAUUAUCCGAAUACGUACUGUGUCACAAAACGUAUGGCAGAAGCCAUGAUUGCCAAAUAUAAGGGACAUGUACCUGUUGCAGUGAUUAGACCUUCUAUUGUUGGAGCUGCUUUGAAAGAACCAUUUCCAGGAUGGGUCGAUGUGGUGUCUGGAGGAGGAGCUGUUUAUUUCUUUGUAGGGUUAGGUGUUAUUUCUCUCAUUCCAGGAAAUCCGAGUAUUGUGUCUGAUCAAGUACCUGUUGAUUUUGUGGCGAAUGGAAUGAUUGUCUGUCCGGCAGAUGUGGUCACAAGUAAGAGCAAGUUUAAAAUUUAUCAUAUUGGAACUUCAACCACAAAUCCAGGAAAGUGGCAACACACCGUCGAUGGAGUGUUACGUUAUUGGCAUUCUCAUCAACCAAAGAAGGCCAUUGGCAGAGCAGACUUUUACAUGAUCCCAAAUGAUUUCAUUUAUCAUUCUCAAUUCUAUCUACGCUACACUUGGAUGAUUCAACUGUAUGGACUCUUGUCUACUCUCUUUGGCAUGAAAUUUGCAAAAAAGAUGGUCGAUGGUGUGAAAAAGAUGGCCGAACGACAAGUGAUGCUUUCGAAUACGUUUUAUCAUUUCACCAUGAAUGAAUUCUUUUAUGAUAGUACCAAUCUGUUGAAUGCUUUUCAUCGACUUUCGCAAGAAGAGAAGAAGAUUUUCACAUUGGACAUGACUGAAAUUAAUUGGGAGACUUAUUUUCAACAAUUUUGUUAUGGAUUACAAAAAUAUAUUCUCAAAGAAGAAUUAGACGAUCAAGAGAGAAAGGAAAAUAUACACCAACAAGCAAUUUCAAGAAAUUCGAGUGCCACAAGUGCCACCAUGACCAAUAUGGUCCAAGCUCAUGAAUUUAAUUUCAAUUUCUACAAUGAUUUAGAAUUAAUAUUUUCACAGGCAGGUGGAUAUUUUAAGGAUGGAAUGGUACAGCGAUUCACUCUUGAGGAAAUGAAACGAAUGGUAUUGUAUUCGAGUCGAGUGCAAUUGGAAUUGUCAAGAGAGGCAAAUUCUCGUCAAGUUCCAAUUUCACAGGUGGAGAAGAGAGCUUUGGACAUCAUGGACAAAAUGUUUGCUCAACCAAGUAUUCAUGCCAUUCGACUUUUCAGUUACAUGUUAAGAAAAAUUUGGCGAAGAAUUUACCAAGCCAUUCUGGUCGAUUCUUCCGAAAUGGAAAAAUUGAAACAAUUAUCCGAAAAAUCCUCCGCGGGUACUUUAGUAUUUCUCCCUACCCAUCGUUCCUAUAUUGAUUUCAUCAUCUUAUCCUACCUCUUCUAUUUAUAUGGUUUACCAGUGCCUCACAUUGCAGCCGGUGAAGAUUUUCUGAACAUGUUUCUUGUUCGUGAUUUGUUUAGAUACUCAGGUGCCUUCUUCAUGAGAAGAUCUUUUGGAAAUGACAAUUUGUACAAAUCAAUUUUCUCUGAAUAUGUGCAUCGAUUGUUGAUGGAUGGAAAUCCAAUUGAAUUCUUUGUGGAAGGAACAAGAUCAAGAGCAGGAAAAACAUUGAGACCAAAACUUGGAUUAUUGAAAACAAUUGCAGAUGCAUAUUUGGAAAAUCGUGUUGAAAAUUUAACAUUGGUUCCAAUUCAUAUUGGAUAUGAAAGAGUGAUUGAAAGUGAAUCACAUUCACGUGAAUUAUUGGGUGGAAAUAAGAAGGGUGAAUCAUUGACAAAUUUGGUGAAAGCAAGUUCUGUUUUAUUCAACAAGUAUGGUGAUGUGAAUGUCAAAAUUGCAGAACCAAUUUCAUUGAAAGAUUAUAUUCAAGAAUUGAAAAAUGAUCAUUCUCGUCUUGAAACAAGUUCCACAUUCUCAUCAUCAUCAUCUCAUUCAUCAACAACAAUUUCAUCAUCAUCUCAUUCAUCCACAACAAUUGGAAAAAGUGAAAACAUUGAAAAGGUUGAAAAUAUUCAAAAUUGCAAUCUUUCAUCAUCUUCUUUUGAUCCAUUUUACAAUGAAAAUGACAAGGAAUUUUUAAUCAAACGAUUGGGAUCCAAGAUUGCUUUUGCAUUGAAUGAAUCAGCUGUGAUCAUGCCAACUGCCAUUGUUGGAACUGUUUUAUUGAGUUAUCGAGAUGGAAUCAGUUUGGAUGAAUUGAAAUCAAAAAGUGAAUGGUUGAAAAAUCAAAUUUUGUCAAGAAGUGGAAGAGUUCAUUGGAUUUCACCACAUUCACCAAGCUCCAAAAAGGAUUCUUUUUCAGUCAUUACAAAUUCUCUCAAAUUAUUGAAAGUGGAAAGUAUUUCGAAAGAAAAGAAUUGGAAUUUGCAUUCAUUUUUGGAAGUGAAAUCGAAUGAACAGAAAAUAAUGGAUUUGAGUUUUUAUAGAAAUCAAUUGACACACUUGUUUUUUAAGGAGAGUGUGAUUGGAUGUGCGUUGAUGUCUUUUGGAGAACAGCAUGUAAUUGAGAAGGGUGUGAAAUUGGAGGAAUUAAUUUCCAAAUGUGAAUUUUUAACUAAAUUGCUCUCUUUGGAAUUUAUUUAUAAGGAAAAUCCUGAAGAACCUGAAAGAUAUUUGGAAACGCUGCAAGCAAUGGAAAAGAGGCAAUUAAUUUCAUUGAGAACAACUGACUCUGGUAACGACGAUGACAACAAUUCUUCUCUUCCGAAAAAAGCGUCCGCCACAAUAGUUGCACCAUCUUUACCUUAUUUAGAAAGUUUGAAAUUAAUUUGUUCGUUAUUGUGGCCUAUAAUCGAAGGAUAUUGGGCCGUGGGUAUGUCUUUAUUAUAUGGCAUGCCAUCCACUUCAGUGACCAAAAAACAAGUCAGCACGCAUGAAAGAAUUCAAUGGUGGAUCGAAAAGUUUUAUUUCAACGACAAAAAGAUUCAAUUUUUUGAAGCAUGUUCCAUGGAAACCAUUCGAAAUGCCAUUUCAAUGUUCAACAAGUGUAAUGUCUUGCAGAACACAUCAGUCGUCACAAUUCCUGCUUCAAACAAUGGUUCUCGCCACAACAAGGAAGUCAACAAACGAAAAGGUGAUCAAGUGAAUUCUGAUUCUGAUCACAACAAAGAAUUAAUUUCCUUAAUGCUGCCACCAAACACUCAAGAUCCUAAAUUAAUGGAAUUUGUUGGAGAAAUUGAACAAUUUAGAAAAAUUCAUGCUGUUCGAUCGGACGAGGGUGUUGUUGGUCAAAGCAGUCAUACUGAAACACCAUCACGUCACUCAAGACUGUAA